AACCACAUAACAAUUAAGUUUCCUCUUACAUUUGGGAGAAACUUUCCCAAGCAUAUUGUGAAUCCCUAUUGCAUUAGUUUUCCAAUUCUAAACCAGAAAAGGAAUAUCCACAGACACAUAAUAUAAAUAGGGGGCAGAGGGGGCAAGGCUUAUUCACAUCUCAAAUCUUCUAAAGACUUUGAAAAGCACUCAAAUCUCCCAAACCCUCAAUCCUUGAAACCAAUAGCCAUGUCGACUGAGAACAAGAAGCUAAUCCUGAACAGCUCCGACGGAGAGAAAUUUGAGAUUGAUGAGGCUGUUGGUCUAGAAUCGCAGACCAUCAAGCACAUGGUAGAGGACGGCUGCGCCGAUAAUGCGAUCCCCUUGCCCAAUGUCACCGGCGUCAUCCUAGCCAAGGUCAUCGAGUACUGCAAGAGGCACGUUGAGGACAAGGAAAGCAAGAAUGAAGACAAUAAGAAUGAUAAGGAGGAGUCUCUCAAGAAAUUCGACGCCGAGUUCGUGAAAGUCGACCGGAACGUCCUGUUCGAUCUGAUAUUGGCAGCAAACUAUCUGAACAUCAAGGGGCUGCUGGACUUGACAUGCCAGACUGUGGCAGACAUGAUAAAGGGAAAGACUCCCGAAGAGAUUCGCAAGACUUUCAACAUCAAGAAUGACUUCACUCCUGAGGAAGAAGAGGAGGUUCGAAGGGAGAACUCAUGGGCUUUUGAGUGAAGCUGAUCGAUCGUUAUAUAACUACAAUUAAUAUUUGUUUUGUUUUGUUGUUUAUUUGGAGAGCUUUUAUUGUGUUUUAGAAUAAUUGGAACACCUGUUUGUUUCUGAAAUCUUAGUUACCAACAUACAUUG